AUGGUCAACGGACCCAGGUAUAGCGCGAAAGAGAAAGGCAAACGCCCCUAUGAACCUUCUUGGCAAGAGCAGCAGGUUAUAUUUCCGGUAGUGCGCGGCGGACCUUGCGCCACACGUCCCGUCGUCAUUACCGGUAUAAUCGGGCAUUAUGAAACUGACUACAUAUUCAUCGACCCGGGAAGUACAGCCGACAUCAUUUACGAACAGUGUUUCAAUCAGUUGGAUGAGGAGGAUAAAGCGAGACUCGAGCCGGUCGAUUAUCCUUUGUCUGGAUUUUGCAACGAGAUGGUUUUUCCACUCGGCCAGAUCAGUUUCCCCGUCACGUUUUCUGACGGGAAACAUUCAAGAACGACAAAUGUGAAUUUCAUGGUGAUGCCGGUAAAGUCAAGGCAUGAUGUGCUAAUUGGGAGGGAAACCCAGGGCGAGUUAAACAUGGUAACCUCAACGCCCCAUUCUGCAAUAGGGUUCCUAACCAGAACAGGAGUGGCAAUCAUCUAUGCGAAGAAGGAAGUGAUGUCAACCGACGAAAUGCGCCCCACGAAAGCGGCGAAGUACGUUGCGCAACUGCGUGAAGAAACAGGAGUUCAAGUGGACACCGGAGGCAGAAACAGCUUUUCAACAGAUGAAAGCGUGUCUAAUUGA